UCUCUUCCCAAUGCAGCAGCAGCACAGACCUCCAGAAGGGCGAUGAGGAGGCGAUGAUGAGGUGAGGAGCGGCGCGGCGCGGGCUGCAGACUGCAGAGCCUGAUUAGUACGGAGAGGAGGUUGGGUUUGAACGGACCGCCGUAACCAUCACCUGUAUCUUAUUCGCGUGCAGCUUGCUCCAGCCUACAACCCCAUAUCGUAGAGGUAGAGUGACAUCUGUUUGCCUGCACCUGCAAGUCACGACGCGUCAAGUCUGUCUUCUGAGCGGGACAGGGUAGCUUGCCCAGGUUUCAGCGUGGCGGAUGGCUGUCGACGCGAACGCAACCACCACCGCUUCACCGCUAUCCUCUUCUUCGCUUCCUCCGUCGCCAACUCCGUCCGUGGCCAGCACCGGAGCCGGAUCAUUCACAUCAAAGGCCCGCAGUGGCGUCAUCAUUAUUGGCAGCUCCGGGAGCAGCGGCGUCGAUGGCGAGUGCGGGUGCAGAUGCCCCUCCUUCCGAGCUCGGUGAAAGGCGCAAGCUCCAUCACGCUUUGCCCGUGUCGCUUAAUACCAGCAUGUCCGGCUCGAUCGCUUCCGUCUCCAGCAGCAGUAGCGCUGGUGCCUUGUCCUCUUCUCCCAGUUCGGGGGGCUACAAGUUCCCGCCACAUAGUCAAGGGCAGGGGCACGGCGCGUACGGCAACUAUUUCCAGAGCGGCAGCGUAGAUGACGCGCUAGUAGGGGCGAGCGGGGCGGUGACGAUGCAGCUUGCUCACCCGCCCCCCGGCCAAGGGCAGGGUCUUCCCACGUCAUUUCUACCUCACGUUGCAUCUUCACCGGCCGGCAUGCCCAACUUCCAGCUGUAUUGCGAGCGUUCACGCGCCUCCUCGUCUGGCAGCUAUGCCUCUUUCCAUACGAGCGCCAGCGCGACGUUUAGCAUCAGCGGAGGGGGGAGUAGUCGGAUGACCGGCAACGUCAGCGGCAGCGGAGUGCCAGUAACUGCCACGCCGACGAGCAUCGAAGGCAUCGACCCGUCCACCUUUCCCAUCCCCCCUCCCCCCUCGGGAUCAAUAGCCGGCUCGAGAAGAGGCAGCGCUGCUAGCGCCGCAGGAGGAAGUGUCGGCCAUCAGCUCCUCGCUCAUUCACAAUCCCAUUCUUCGAGUUCCCACCAGCGCCCGUUUGCCAGCGCAGCGGCGCUUGCAUCUUCGGCAUCGACGGAAGCAAUUAACACUUCCUCCUCCACCUUGCCGUACCCAUCCACUUUCCCCUCCCCUUUUGCGGGCUUCCCAACGCCUGCAUCAGCAUUCGCCUCACCUUCCUCAUAUUCGUCGACAACCACAACGACCAACAUGUCCUCACCAACGAACACCACCGCGCCGUCUUCGACCCGAUAUUCCAAUUCGACGCGCGCGAGCACGUGGACGUUCCGCAGCCAGAACUCGGCGCUCUCCGUCUCGGCGCAUUGCAGUCCCGCUGCGGGGACGGCUCCGGAGGCAGCAGCAGUGGCACCGGACGCGCCUGGAUCCGCGUUUCUACAGACGGGAGGAGCAGGGGAAUGGAAUGAGGCGCAUGCUCGCGGUGCGCAGCAGCGGGGACAUGGGCUGGAAGGCGCUGAAUACAGCAUUGCGCACGGCCUUGGUAUUACGUCCGAUGCGCCGACAUCACAUCGUUUGCGCACAGACACGGCCGGCAGCGUCGACGACCCUGCGGUCGGAGCCAUCGCAACAGCCGGCGCUAGGGACGAGGCCGUGGUAGCAAUCAGCGCAUCCUUAUCGCAUCAUCGCUUGCCCAGCUGGACGGGUAGGAUGUCGAAUGUCUCACCGCUUGUGCUGCCUGGCAUGAAAGAACAUGUGCAUGAGCACAGUGACGCCAAAGGUGCUGGAAACGCACUCCCAAACGCUACACCCGCUUUCUCACCCCUCAUGGCCAGCACUUCCCUCCCUGAAUCCGCCUCUCCUCCUCGCUGCGCUGUGCCAGCGACCAGACCGACGCAGAGCACAGUCUCAGGCCCCGCACAGUGGCCGCGUCCUCAGCUUCUGCGCGCCAAGACGGAGGACGAGAUGAUGCAUCCGCUCCAUUUGCAACCGCAAUCGCAGGCGCAGGCGCAGCAUCACCCGGCCAUCCCUGCGCGCCGGGAUUCCAGGGCGGCAGCAGCAGCAGAGGGCGGCGUCAGAUCGCACUCUACCAAUUCUACGCCAGCAUGCAGCCGCAAAGAGUCGGUUACCGUUGCUGCUCGUGUGGCUGUUCCGUCCACGGGUGGCGCCGCCUGGGAUCAGGAGAGACCCUUCGCUGAUGCUGCUGCUCUAUCCGCUGCUCCGGUUCGCAAGAGCUCGUUGCGCCGCGGCAGCGGCAAGCAAGCCCAAGAUACCAGCACCACCGCAGCGGACGCCAUCGAGCACCAGGAGG